UUUUAUCCCCGCGAUCGCAAAAUUACAGGCUCGCGAUGUGUGCCGGGAAAAUUUUCUUGAAAUGUUCAACCUAGUCCCAGGAGUUCUUAUUGGGUUUCGUGUGCUUGGCUUUCCUGUGGUGGUAAGAGUUGUGACGUCACAGGGGACCACCUCCAUCUUGCGGGUAAGCUCGUCCCCAAGCUGUCUCACGGUUCAUCUUCAAGCACAGGAAACCCGGUAAGAACGCCUGGUACUUGGCCGAGUUAUGCUCAACUCCAGCUAGUCAACAAGUCCGUCAACCUUUUAUUUACACGUAAACUACCUCGACCAGCAUGGCUUCCGAAACGGAGACAAAAAUCCGCCAAGAAGUGAGCAAAGACCAGAACAGAGUUCGUCUACAGGGGGCACUAGCUUUUACUGUAGCCAUAAGUGUAGCGUUGUACCUUCGCUACUCGACUCCGAAGAUCCGUAGCCUUCCAACUCUUGUCGACCGAUUCGCGUACACGCUCCAAUGGGAAGCCGCGUCGUUAUUGACAGUGUUCCUCGGUGUUUAUUUUGUUGCAAGCAAGCGCUUCGCAAGCCCUGCCAUAAAUCCACUGGACAAAACAGCCAAGUCUUUCAUCGAAGUUCCUCAGAGAUUCCUUAAGAAUACCGUAGAGCAGUUUGUGAUGCAUUUCGUGGCGUGUCUGAUCCUGACAACUCAUCUUGCCGAGGAACAAAUGGUCGCCAUCCCUGCGCUCGUCCUACUGUUUGUGACGGGUAGGCUGUGUUUUGGUCUCGGGUAUUCGUAUGGCUACAUAUACAGGGCUUUCGGAUUUGCCCUCACCAUUUUGCCGACGGCUUCAGUUGUUUCGUACUGUGUGUACAGACUUGUUAGUGGAGUUCUGCUUGAGUGAUGACAGCGGAAUUCGUGACGAGUGACUUACGCUCUUCAAUAUUUAUCAUUGCGUGACCUUCAGUGCGGAUGGUGAUGCCACUCUUUCGUUCCCGGGUCCCUGCUCAAGCAAAUGCAAUUUGUAAAUUGACAAUAGAUAAUAAAGGAACACUAAGCGGUUCUACUGAAAGUACUACUAAUGUUGAUAUAGCUUGUAAACGUAGGAUGUGGCUAACGAAGUUUACCUUAAUAAUUAAAAUUGUGAUCCACA